GUCGAGCCCAUCUUCCAAACCUUGAAACGGCGGUUCCGCAUCCUUCGAGCUCCGCAGGAGUAUACGUACGCUACGCAAGUCAAGCUGGUCUUUGCGCUUACUGCCCUGCACAAUUUCAUACGAAUAAACAACGACAAGAGUGAACUGGAUCGAUGGCGGAGAAGUACUAGCGUGGAAAUGGAAGUGGAAAUACAUGAUGGAGAAAGUUCGCAGGAAAAUGCAGAAACGGAUACUGCUAGUGUAGAGGAGGAAACUGAAGCGGUAGAAGGGAACGGCGGAAGACAAAUGGCUGAAUUGAGGGAUCAGAUAGCGGAGGAAAUGUGGCGAGAUUAUACAGGUGAGGGAAGACUUAAGAGGAAAAGGAACCUGACGGGCAAGGGGCGGGAAGGACACAAGAAAGUAUGUAGUUGA